AUGAUGCCAACCUUGAUACCAGUACCACAGCCUUCCUACUCCCAGGCCAGGGAGAACCUGGUGAAGGCUAUCCCACCCAAGCUCCUCUGUCUGCUGGCCUGUGGGGGAAUAGACUGCCGCUAUGAAGGACCAGAGUGUUGGAAAUUAAAUCAACAGGUCAUUCGAGGCAUUUUCUCCUCCUGGGUGACAAAUGACAUUAUUGCCAUGGCACGACCAUCCAAACAUCUAAUUGAGAAGUACAACAUCGUAGAACAAUUUCAAAGGUUGAACAUCAAAUCGAUCAUCAACAUGCAACUCCCUGGAGAGCAUGCUCACUGUGGACCUGCCCUGGACCCUGAAAGUGGUUUCACGUACUCUCCACAGAUCUUCAUGGACAAUGACAUUUACUUUUACAACUUUCGGAUGCAAGAUUUUGGUGUUUCCUCUCUCGUCGGUAUAAUUGACGGGGUGAAGGUUUUGGCCUUUGCAGUGGGGGAAGGAAGAGUGGCUGUGCACUGCCAUGCAGGCCUGGGCAGGACAGGCGUCCUUAUAGCUUGUUACUUGAUUUACACCCUGCGCAUCAGCCCAAGCGAGGCCAUCCACUACGUACGGAUUAAACGGCCACGCUCUAUUCAAACCCGGGCACAGCUCAGUCAGGUGUCAGCCUUUGCUUGCCUGCUUGGCUCACAGCUGGUCCAAUACCCAGACCUCAACCUGCGGCAUGGAGUCCCUUUCACCCUGCAGCAUUACUUAAACCGACAGGCGAUACUGCUGCAUGGCCAGGAGGCACGCACCCUCAGACAAACACCCAAGGUGGUGUACCUCCUGUGUAUACAUCUCUCCUGCUUAGCCCUGGGUCUCCCUGCUCCUCCAGAGAUCCAGGCUGAGCUGGAGAAGAGGUCAGCACUGAGGACCCUGAACAGGACUGUGAGGGAGACCAUGGUGGCCAAACAGUACUUGCCCUUACUUAGGGAGGGUCACAAGGGGUCAUGGGUGAGCACAGGGUCGGUGUCCUUCUGGGACGAGCCACUGGGAUUCUUGGAGAGGAAGAGAGACGUGCUGCUGGACAAACGCAGCUACAGUGACUCUGACCUCAGCAAAAUCGCAGAUCUAGAGUUGAGUUCAUACUGCACCCCAACACUUGGAAAUGAGAGACAGUGGUGUGUACAGGAUCUGAUGCGACCUGAUCUGAGACCAGGUACCCCAAUCCUUGAGACCCUUAAACCAGGCCACAAGACCACCAAAAAGGAAUCUCAUACACUCAACAUCCCAAUAUCUAGCAUGACCACAAGCAACAACUGUGCUAAGACGUCUAAGUGCACAGCUAAAAAGGCACUUCCCAAAUACAGCUCCAACAUUGAGUUGUGCAGGAAUCCACAUAAUCCAGGCCCAACCUCAGUCGGCCGUGCUGUUGCUAAGGCAAUGGCAGACCAUGGUCCUCCAGGAGAAACUGUCCUGCAAAGAUCGGCUCUUCUGCAGGAGGAACUGAACAGUAGUGACUGUGGCUGGGCUCUGCUGGUCACCGAGUCAGAUCCUCUGGUUCUCAGUUGUCUGUUGUGGACCUGGCUGGACAAGUUAAAGGAGCCUGUUCUGAGUGCAGAAGAUGUAGACAAGUUGAGUUGUGGUGCAAACAGCAGGAAGCCUCUCAGUGUGCUCAAGAAGCCGCAGAGACUCACCAUCUAUUGUCUACUGAGCUGUGUGAGCACAGUGACCAGCCUGUGUCCACACAGAGAGGAUGCAGUGCUGCAACGACUGAUGCAAGCACUUACGAGGUGCCCCCAGGAGGAAAUAGGAAGCCUUGCAAUGUUGAUGAAGGUCCUAAAGGCGAGUUUGAGAGAAACUUUCCACAACUACAUAUACCUCACAAGGGCAUGAACAAUUGGUACGAAGCCAGUCUUGCAUGGUUACAGUGGAUAAAGAUUCUCGGUCCAUCAGACCCCCCAUAUUUGAACAUGGAUGCAUCCUUGAAACCAUAAUUAAUCUAGGGAGUAAAAAACAAAAGUCAGGUGGGUGCAACUAGUAGAAGGUGGGAACCUAGGCCUAUUCACUAAUGUUUGGGGGGCCAAACUACGACCCCUGGGACAACUGCGGAACACAGACCGUUUAAUGGUCUGCGGUGAGUAAAGGAAGAAAAAAAAGAAUAUUGCUUCAGCAUGUUUCUAAUAAAUUGCACUGUAUGUACAUUGCACAUCCUAGUUUAAACACUAGAUGUCGAAUACAUUUAGUAAAAUAAUCUCUGUCUUAACCUCUUGGCACAGAAACCAAUCACUAACCAUUUUCAUAUUACACUUACAGAUUGUUAUCUUACAUUUACAUCUGCAUCGCAAACUUUUAAUUAGGCGUUUAGGCCAUGAACAGAAACCAAUAUCUGUUAGUUUCUGCCGGUUUCUUUACUUAUUUACAGAUUUACACAUAUCAUAAUAGUUUAAGUGGGCACUUAGGCCGUGCAUUGUGAUUUUAAAAGUAUUGAAUUAAUUUAGAUUUAAGCAGCAGAUAAAGAAAAGUGUUGUGCAGUUAUUUUUGAUAGAAAAGGAAUUCCUGUUUUCCUGUGACUGUAUAUGUUUUCUGUAUGUGGUCCACAAUCAAAAAGGUUUGGCCACCCAUGACUUACACACUUGCAUUUUCUUCUGGGACAAUGGUUAACUUAAUUACUUAACAGUAAUGACACUCAUACAAUGUUUACGGUAGACUAAUACAUUUUGUUUCAUGUCUACUUUAAAUAGUAUGUAAAUGACUGUACAUUAGUAUUAAUUAUCUGUGGCCUGUUUCAGCCUUCCAUGCCUAAUAAAUCA